AUGCGUCGAUUUUAUAGUUAUUUGGCAGUAUACAAGGCUGAUUAUAUUAGAGAUGAAGAUGUUGUUCGAACCUUUGAAGAAACCAUUUCUGUUUAUAAAACUUUAGACAUUUUGGUCAACAAUUGUGGUCUUGCUGCGACCGGAAGAUUUGGUGAGCCAGACGAUAUGGCUGAUUAUGCUCGAGCUAAUGCUGCACCAUACUUGAAGGAAACCAAUGGAGCAAUAGUUAAUGUUUCAAGUGUUGCAGGCAUAAGACCAUUGCAAGCAUAUUGGUCUUAUUGUAUGUCAAAAGCUUCCCUGGAUAUGUUUACAAAGUGUAUGGCAGGUAAACUGGCUUUUCAUGUUCGAGUAAACUCGGUUAAACCAGGAUUAACUCGAUCAAACUUCUUUUCGUCUCAUCCUGACCCAGACGCUUUGUUGUCAGCUUUAGCUCAAGAACAACCUUUAAAACGAAUUGCUGAAACAAUAGAUAUUGCCAAUGUGAUUGCUUUCCUCGCAUCCGAUGCUGCAAAAAACAUGACUGGUUCAAUUGUUGUUUCAGACACUGGCGAAUUGAAUGCUGAUCCACUUGCAAAAUAA